AUGGAAAACGAGCACCGCCCAGAGACCACCGUGAGCGGCGCCUCCACCCCAGAACGCAUCAACCACGGCCAAAUAACCCCAGACAGAUCCAGCGUCGUCUUCCCCGACCCCGGCAUCCCACAUGAGAUAAUCGUGCAACGACUGCGAGAAGUCCGCGUCAAAUUCCGUACACACGAUGAGCACAUGCCAGCUCCAGAAUAUGGCGAAGAUUCGCAAGCAGAAGGAACACCUCGAGAUGAGAUGGGCGCCGACCUCGAAAAGGGCGAGACGGCGAGGUCAGAUAUCAACGAUGCAGAGGGGAAAAAUCCGCUGACUCGUAUGCCGACGAUGCGCGAUCGAGCUCGGCGUUUGUUGACAAAACUCGGAAGACCAGAGGAGCCAGGUGACGGGUUGACUCCGGCAAUAAAUGCGGAUGACUGGGCGGACGAUAUUGAAAGUCCUCAGAACGAGAAGCAGGUUCACCAUGACGCUAACCAUGAGGCGCAAAGUGCACUUCGCAGAGUAGGGCUUCAUUUGAGGAAAAGACCUAGGCACUUUCGCAUGCAUUCUUCAGAGUCGGUGACAAGCGUUGGUGGCUCAGACACUGAUAGCGAAACCCCUCACCAUGGAGAAGGAGUGCUGUCGUAUUUGCUCAGGUUGCACGCUCAUAACACGUUCUCUGGACGAAGUACACCACAGACACCAGACAGUGGCGCUGUAACUCCCAAAAGCGGUGCUACAAGCCCCAUGAGUGGUGCGACAACUCCCAGGAAGAAAGUGAAAUGGUACAGCAAGCACUCGCCCAAUCAGUCAACCAUGUCUCUGGUUGGUGCUGGACUGAAUCUCGGCACGCAAGGGGCACCGAUGGCGAUGGACGAUUUGAAAAGGUCUGUGGCUAGUAAACGAGAGAAGAUGAUGGGGGGUGCUAAGUAUGGCAAAAAGAGCAAGAAACACCUCAACGAUCAUAUCGCGGCGCGUAUUGCAUCAAUCAUCACUAGACAGCAGUAUUUGAUAACCCUGUGUCGAGCAAUGAUGCGGUUCGGCGCUCCCAGUCAUCGACUAGAGGAGUAUAUGUCGUUGACUGCAAAGGUGUUGGAUUUGCACGCCCAGUUUUUGUAUCUUCCAGGCACAAUGAUCAUGUCUUUUGACGACGUGUCCACUCGUACUACAGAAGUCAGGUUAGUACGAGUUGCGCAAGGAGUGGAUUUGGCACGGCUAGAAGACACGCAGAACAUUUACAAGAACUUGGUGCACGACAAGAUCACCGUUGACGAAGCCACCAGCGAGCUCGAUGCAGUCAUCAACCGUUCAGCCAAAUAUCCCACCUGGCUGGUUGUGCUGUGUUAUGGAUUCGCUUCGGUGUCCGUCGGUCCGUUUGCAUUUGAAGCACGGCCGAUUGACAUGCCAAUCACAUUCUUUCUCGGUUGCUUGCUAGGAUUACUGCAACUCGUCUUUUCUCCUCGAUCCAGUCUUUAUUCGAACGUUUUUGAAGUCAUCGCCUGCAUCCUCACGUCUUUCCUGGCGCGUGCGUUUGGCAGUAUUCGCAAUGGAGUGGUAGACGGCACACAGCAAUACUUCUUUUGUUUUUCGGCCAUGGCUCAGUCCUCAAUCGCAUUGAUUCUACCUGGUUUCUUAGUCCUCAGCAGCAGUCUCGAACUUCAGUCUCAUCAAAUAAUCCCAGGAUCAAUCCGCAUGGUCUAUGCAAUCAUUUAUUCCCUGUUUCUUGGAUACGGCAUCACCGUCGGGACAACCAUAUACGGCCUGAUGGAUCCAAAAGCAAACCCCAACACCACAUGUUCCGGCCAAUUAAUCGGCAAUAAUCCUUAUGCGCAACGAUUCCCCUUUGUCGCGUUGUUUGUCAUCUUCCUCGUCAUCAUUAACCAAGGGAAAUUGAAACAAGUCCCCGUCAUGAUUCUGAUCGCUGAAGCGGGGUAUAUUGCGAACUAUUUCAGUAAUCUCAAACUCCAAUCAAACCCAGAACUGGCCAACACUCUCGGCGCCUUUGCCGUUGGCGUCUUGGGCAAUCUAUACAGUCGAUUAUGGCACGGCCACGCCGCAACAGCAAUCUUACCAGCCAUCUUCGUCCUGGUGCCAUCCGGUCUCGCCGCGCAAGGCUCCUUGGUGUCGGGUGUCCAAUCCGCAUCCGAGAUUCGAGCAAACAUCACAGGCGACCACUCUAAUUAUCCCCCGCCUUCGUCGCCCGAGAGUUCCACCUAUUCGAUGGGUUACGGCAUGAUCCAAGUCGCCAUCGGAAUCACCGUGGGCCUGUUCCUGGCUGCCGUCGUGAUUUAUCCAUUAGGCAAACGGCGUACUGGCCUAUUUUCUUUCUAA